AUGUUAUUUGAAAGUUCCAUUAGGUCUGGAGAUCCUCGUCUUACCAAUAGGAAUAAAUAAGGAUUGGCCACCGAAGUAUCGAAUGCCUAUGACAAUUCAUUUAAUGGCAGAGUAAUCUAUGCCAGAAACCUAUUCUCUAAGUUAUUCCUUCAAUUAGUUAUUGUUUGUAUUUGUAGACAAUAGACUAGGCAUUUAUGUGUGGAUAGUGCAUGCUUUGCCAGAUCUAGAUCACUUCUUAGAAAAUACCUAAUGGAUAUUUUGGUUAAGUUUAGGGAUUUGUAUAGGAAUAUCAAUACUAGCCUUUAUUUACAGGAAUCACAUUAAGACUGCCCCAACAAAUUGGUUAGUGUUCUUAUUAUUUACUCUAUCUUUGGCCUCAGUAUGUGGAUGCUUAGUGGCAUUUGGUAACUCAUAAGUUGGAUUAUUAAUUUUCGUGAAUUUUGCAAGUAUGAAUCUAACAUAAUGAAUAGGUCUAAUAUUCUUUUUAUUUUUGUAUUCAUCGACUGUAAGAAGAAAGAUUACUUAUUCUGGAGCAGUCCUUUUUGUAUCUGCGGGGAUAUUGAUUGUGUUUGAGAUGUUUACAAUCUUUAGCUAAAUCUCAUUAUUUUGGAUCAUGGUCAUCUCUUUGUCCUCAUUUUUGUUUGCAUUUAUGUUGCUUUACGAUACGUAUUCUAAUUUGAAGUAAUUAUAUAGCAUUUAUUUUAUAGUUCUGAAGAUUCUUAUGAUAUCAAUACAGCAGAUGAUGUGAGUGGUAGUGUAACUAUAUAUUGGGAUAUUGUAUUGUUAUUUUUGAAGAUGACAGAACUCAUCAAAGAUAAUCUAUUUAACAGACAUGAUUGAUAAAUA